CCCCACGUCUUAUCUCCCGCAGGGCAACAGUGCCCGCAGCUUGCCCUCCCGCUCGCUGUUAACUGCCAUUUCCCACCGAGCUGAGGCCGAGAGCUCCCAGCCCCCCUCCUGUAGCCAAGCUCGGCUCCUGAGCAACAAGAAGCAAGCAGCACCAGCAGCAGCAGAGGCAGAACCAACCGGUUAGCCGUCGCGUUCGAUCAACAGCCAGUCCGCUGUUGCGCCGCCGCCGCGAUCUCUGUUCCCAGUGCGCUCACCUCCACCAAGCGUGCCUUGCCUGCUGUCCCCUCCCCCUGCGCCUGCUCGCCGCGAGCCCCUGUGUCGUCCACCGAGCUCCAGGCCCAGAUGUCCGACGGCAACGAGUUUGCAGAGCUUCUGUGGGAGAACGGGCAUGCAGUGGUGCACGGGCGGAGGAAGCAGCCGCCCCAGACCUCGUUCCCGCCCUUCACCUGCGGCGCUGCCAGCAGCAGCCGGGCUCAAGAAAAGCAGCCGGGCGGUGACCCCGUGGCGCUGUUGAAGACAGGAGGUGUCUUCGGUGCCGGCGGCUUGGCCCCGUCGCUUCACGACUUCUCCUCCGGCCUAGACGCCACCCGUGAUAACGGUGAUCUUGAUGACACCGUGCCCUGGAUCCACUACCCCAUCAUCGAGGAAGACACCGCCGAGCCUGCCCUUGCGGGCAGCUACAGCCCGGAUUUCUUCUCGGAGCUCCAUGCAGCGGCGGCGGCGGCGACGAACCUCGGCUCCCUGCCACCACCUGUCCAGCACACCAACACCAACAGGAGUAACCCGGUCGUCACCACCAGCAGAGAACCAGAACCCUCAAAGGAAAGCCACCGCUUACCGAUUCCAGGUCCAGCCACCUGGCCUGAACCACAAGCCGAGUUCGCGGCCACCAAGCAGCCUCGGCUGGGCGGCAGCGGAGAGGGCUUGAUGAACUUCUCCCUCUUCUCUAGGCCGGCCGCCAUGGCGCGAGCAAGCCUGCAGAACGCGCAGAGGCCGCCACAAACAGGCACGGACAAGGCUUCCAAUGUCACCACGAGCACCCGUGUGGAGUCGACGGUCCUCCAGUCGGCCAGGGGGGCAAGAGCUGCCCCUGGGUUCACGGAGCAGAGGACGGCGUGGCCACAACAGCCCAAGGAGGUGCGGUUCUCCUGCACGGCAGCACCGACAGCUGGUAACCUGCAGCAAGAGAUGCCCCCGGACAGACUUGCCAGCAUGGCUCUGCAGAAAAAGGUUGAGACCAGGAAGGCGCCCGAGGCCGCAGUCGCAACUUCGUCGGUCUGCUCCGGCAAUGGCGCUGGAACAGGAAAUGACGAGUCCUGGCGCCAACACAAGAGGAAGAGUCAAGCCGAGUGCUCUGCUAGCCAAGAUGAUGACCUUGAAGAUGAGUCCGGUGGCAUGAGAAGAUCUGGCAGCAGAGGCACGAAGCGCAGUCGCACCGCCGAGGUGCACAAUUUGUCAGAAAGGAGGAGAAGAGACCGGAUCAACGAGAAAAUGCGCGCCUUGCAAGAACUCAUCCCCAACUGCAACAAGAUUGACAAAGCUUCAAUGCUCGACGAAGCGAUUGAGUACCUCAAAACCCUUCAGCUUCAAGUUCAGAUGAUGUCCAUGGGAAGUGGGCUGUGCAUUCCUCCAAUGCUGCUGCCACCAACCAUGCAGCACUUGCAAAUCCCCCCAAUGGCUCAUUUCCCUCAUCUUGGCAUGGGUUUGGGGUAUAGGAUGGGUGUCUUCGACAUGAACAGCACCCCAGCGGUUCCAUUUCCGUCUAUGCCUGGUGCUCACUUUCCUUGCCCAAUGAUCCCAGGCCCACCACCACAAGGUCUUGGAAUGCCUGGCAGAAACACGGUACCAAUGUUUGGACUUCCCGGUCAAGCAAUACAUCCACCAGCAUCUAGUGUACAACCAUUUCCAUAUUUGGCUGGGCUUCCUGUUAGGCCAAACCUGCCCCCUCAAGUCUCAGCAGCCAUGGCUAACAUGGUGCAGCAGCAAGACGUAGCAACUCAACAACAGCAGAACAUGAAUAAUGAAGCUCGACGGGGAGCAAAUACAGGAGAUCCAGAAUUACAGACCAUCCUGCAGGUUGAGAACCGGCAUUUUAGUGUACCCUCUUCAGCACAAACAGAAAGCGGUCAGUUCUUGGAUAGUGGCAGCAACAGGACUGAUACUGCAGAGAGAAAUGGGCCUGAAACAUAACACCGGCAUGGAAGUGUGUGUGAUUUGACUCCAGUGCUAAAGUUGAGAGAAAUUACUGGAUUUUGCACAAAACUCAUAUCGGAAAGUACACAGCUCAUGAUUUUUCAGGUCCCAACUAACAAGCUCCAGAUGUGAAAAUUAGCAAGUCAUCCUGGAACAACUUACCGUGUUUCAAGAUCCACGAAAGCUGAUCUAUGACUUGACAAGAGAGCCCAAUCAAUCGAGAUGGAAUGAAUUGUUGGCACGAGUCAAGCUUUAGUGAGCUAAGAUGCUCAAAAGUUUUGUGUAAAAUAUAGAUGGUAGGUGCAAACUAGUUACAAGCUGCAAGUCUUGACAGCCAGUGCAGUUUUCCUUGAGUAUUUUUUCUUGCUUCACUAAAGUCUUCUUGGACCAAUAUGUCUUAUUUUCCAAACAUAUUCUGCGAUCAUAUGCAAAGGAUCUCGGUCUCCAUAUACUGGGUCUGCUUUA